UCACAUGAUCAGCUGAUCUCCGCUUCCUCUCUCUGUCUCUGGAUGGCUGCAGGAUUUUCAGGUGCCUCUGGUUCAGCGUUAGCAAAGCAGCGUUCGUUUAUACUUUGAUCCAAACGCCUUUCCAACCACGACAGGCUGUAGAUUACCCGCGGCUGCGCACGUUUAGGUCGAAAAACUGGCGCUUUUAGUCGAGUGGAUGAUGAACGGCCACGCAAUUCUCUACACCGGGGUCACUCUGGCCUUCUGGAGCACCAUCCUCAUCGUUGGAAUCUGCUAUACGAUCUUUGACCUUGGGUUCAGGUUUGAUGUGGCAUGGUUUUUAACAGAGACGUCCCCGUAUAUGUGGGCCAACCUUGGAAUCGGCCUGGCCAUCUCGCUGUCUGUGGUUGGAGCGGCUUGGGGAAUUUAUAUCACUGGCUCCAGCAUCAUCGGCGGAGGUGUCAAGGCUCCGAGAAUUAAGACCAAGAACCUCGUCAGUAUAAUUUUUUGUGAAGCUGUUGCAAUUUACGGGAUCAUCAUGGCAAUUGUCAUCAGUAACAUGGCCGAGGUUUUUACUGGCACAACUCCAGAAACAAUUGGAGCAAGGAACUACCAAGCGGGCUACUCCAUGUUUGGGGCAGGUCUCACUGUUGGCUUUUCCAAUCUCUUCUGUGGAAUCUGUGUUGGCAUCGUGGGCAGUGGGGCUGCUUUGGCUGAUGCCCAGAAUGCCAGCCUAUUUGUUAAGAUUCUCAUUGUGGAAAUCUUUGGUAGUGCCAUCGGGCUGUUUGGAGUCAUUGUAGCCAUCUUGCAGACGUCGAAAGUAAAAAUGGGAGAUUAAAGAAUACAGCAUCUGCAAGACAAACAAGAAAAAAAGACGACGCUGUGUUGGAUACACAGCCCAACUAUGUAAAUACAUAGUAAAUUAUUUAAAUGUAUUUUGUUUCCCCCCUUUCUGUGUCUGUUUUUAACCGUUGUUUACCGAAGAUUGAAACAUUACACCACUUUGUCUUAAAGGAAUGCAUGUUUAAAUCAAACAGCUCUUUAAGACACACAAACUAAACCUCAGAAGAAGAAAUGUCUUCAACAGGUGUGAUGUUGGCCCUAUUAUUGAAGUAUGAGAGUUGUAUUGAUAUCUGGAAGUUAUUUUAUUUAAAUUGUAUGAAUACAUGUGUACAAAUACAUACAGAUAUAUAUAAAGUAGGUAGAAGAUUCUGUAGAGUAGAAUCCCAUCAUGUCAGCAACGUCCAGACUUCCAACAUUUUAACUCCCCGAAAGAUUACACGGUACUUUGGUGAAAGUUUUGAACUUCUCUAAGGCUGUGUAGCUUGCUGUGAUUUGCUGUUCUGUAAAACACAAAAAGUGAAAUGUUGUUGUUUGUAAUGUAGUAUGGCUGUCUGAGGUGUUAUUAUUCCAUGGUAUGGAGAUGCGUUUGUCAGAUCUAUUGUAAAUCCUAUAGCCGGGAUAAUUCUGGACACUUUAAAUAUUGUUCAUUCUUGUGUGUGUUGUAUUCAUUCUUCUGCAGAGUCAUUAAAAGGACGAGGACACGGCUUGUUUAUCAAAUGUUUCCAAAUUUAGUUUUAAUAGUGUUUAUACUUGGAUUGGCACCAGGAUACACUUAAGCUGUGAUUGGUUUAGAAUGAGAUGAUGUAUAAAUCUAGUGUUUAUAAGAGCAUUCCAUAUUUCUUCUGUGAUAUAUGGUCUUUGGGGGUUUUCCUCAUGUUUUUUUUUUUUUUUUUUUUUUCUUCAAAUGUUGGAAGAUGCACAGAAAACUGUAAAAUAUUGUCCAGCCCACUUAGUUCUGUAGGUACGUCUCUCUAGAGACAGGCUCACCGUUAUGGUUGCCACUGCAGAGGAUUUGUGUUGUGCUCAGAUAGUUUCUGAUGGCUUAUAUAAACUUUUGGUGAAAAUGUUGCAUGCAGUUACAGCUCUUCUUUUUCACAGAUCAUGACUGUACUCUUUACAGAUAAUGACUAUAUUUUGUUUCUGUAUUAAUGUAUCAGUGUCGUCCUGGGACAUGCAAUACAAAGCGUUUCGGAGAAUUCUAGCUUCUAGUGAAUGACCUAAACUCCACACGGUCUGCUCCAAGAUGUCUCUUUCAACUCCCCAGGUUAAUUGUCAGCAUUAGUAUGUGUGGCUCAAUAUAAAAUGUCUGAAACUGAUUUUUUUUCUUAAAAUCACAUUGGAAGCCACAAUCUUUUACAAAAACAUCACGGAUGCUUUAUCAUUUAGUGUGUACACAUUUAUUUCAAAGCAUUCCACUAAUUUAUCUUGAUGUCAGAUUUUGGAGGUACAGAAGACCCAAUUAGCAACCUAAUCUCUUUUUUUCAUCUAUGCCUGACCGUCUGCUUGCUGCUUGUAGUUCUUGAUUCCCACUUGACCAGGCAUCUGGUGCUUGUAUUUGUUUUUGUGGUGAUUUUCAUUGUUUUGAAAUUGUGGAAAAAAAAGUGGAUGCUGUUGACUUUCAUAAAUGGUCCUCGAACAAAUAAAUACAUCAACCCUGAUGUCCAA